GUCGAUGCGAACGGACGCGUCCGCUUCACAGAAAAGUAAAAAAAAAAAAGAGAAAAUAUACAGGAAAAACUAUAUAGGAAAAACUAUACAAGUAGGAAGAAAGAAACCAAACUGACAGUGACCGCGUGUGAAUUAUCUAUUAUAUCUAUUACGAACCCAUCAAAAAUGGUCUUAAACGGCAUGCCCAUCACUAUGCCAGUGCCAGUGCCCAUGCCCGUGCCCAGUCCUCCGGCCACCAAGUCAUGUGUGGCCAUCGACUGGGACAUCAACGACUCGAAGAUGCCGUCGGUGGGGGAGUUCGACGAUUUCAGCGACUGGGCCAACGGCCACUGCCGGCUCAUCUACUCCGGGCAGAGUGAUGAGGCCAGGAAGCAUGCCAGCGGCUGGGCCAUGCGCAACACCAACAACCACAACGUGAACAUCCUGAAGAAGAGCUGUCUGGGCGUGCUGCUCUGCAGUGCCAGGUGCAAGUUGCCCAACGGAGCCAGUGUGCAUCUGAGACCAGCCAUUUGCGACAAGGCCCGCCGGAAGCAGCAGGGCAAACAGUGUCCCAAUAGAAAUUGCAAUGGUCGCUUGGAGAUCCAGGCCUGUCGCGGUCACUGCGGCUAUCCAGUUACCCACUUCUGGCGCAGGGAUGGCAACGGCAUCUACUUCCAGGCCAAGGGCACCCACGAUCAUCCCAGACCCGAGGCCAAAGGAUCCACGGAGGCAAGGCGCCUGCUGGCCGGAGGACGACGUGUGCGCAGCCUGGCCGUGAUGUUGGCCAGGGAAUCGGCGCUGAGCGACAAGCUGAGUAGCCUUAGGCCAACCAAACGACAGGCCAAGACGCAGUUGCUCCAGGAGGGCAAGCGCAGGAAGAUGGGUGACCAGCCAGCAGUGGUCCCGGCCAGUCAGGAUGUACUGGGCACAGCCGGCUAUUUGGCCACAUCCACGCCCACACACAGCACAGGCUUUGGCCAGGCACAGACACAGACACAGGCACAGGCAUCCUAUGGAUCUGGAUCGGUGGCCAGUAGUCAGUGGAACGGAGAGAUAUACUAUGAGCCGGAGGGUGCGUCCUAUGCCACGGGAAUGUACGCCUACGACAUGCUGCACUCGCCCCUCUCCGCGCACAGUUCCACGGGCAGUUAUUACCACGAGAAUCUCCAGCAGCAACUACAGCAACAGCAGCAGCAGCAACAGCAGCAACAGCAGCAACAGCAACUCUCCCCGCAGCAACAUGUGCCAGCUGGCAACUUCAGCGAUCAGCCCUCGAUCCCCGCCAGCUUCCCCAGUGGAAUGCCCAUGUACGAGAGCUGCGACGACACCUCCAGCUUGACCAGCAGCUCGGGCUACAGCUCCGAGGACUACGGCUACUUCAACGGAUAUCUGCCCAACUCGCUGGACGUGAGCAGCGGCAGUCAGGGCCAGAAUCCACCCAGCCAGGAUGGUGGCUUCUACACAACCAGCUCCGAGAUCUUCAGUGUGUUCGAGUCAACCCUGAACGGAGGCGGUGAUCUGCUCUAUGAGGAAGCCAGCGCCUACCAGCACCAGCACCAGGCCGGAUUCCUGCCCCUCGCCAGCUAUCAGCAGCAGGAGCCGCAGGAUCAGCUGCAGUCGGCCGACUACUACUACAGCAACUCGGGCGUGGACAACGGGUGGAACAUCCAAAUGGACGCGACAUACCAGCACCCGGCUAACAGCUCCGAUCCCGUCUACUGCUAGGGGAUCGGGUUGGGGAUGAGCUGCCGCUGCCGCUGCCGCUGGCGCUGCCCCUUGGAUCUCGCACUGCAACCACUAUUACUGAGCCACUCAAGCGUUGUUCUAGUCCCUAGUUGAUUCCCCACUCAUGUCCCCAUUGCUUGUUGGUCCCUUUAUUGUGUAUGAGAUAUUGUAUUGAACGUUUCUAGUUUGUACUAUUGUACUUGUUUCCCAGCUAUUCCAAAGUUUUAGAGCUGUAAGAAUACGAAUUAUGUCCUUAGAGUGUAAGCGUAUAGAGUGUUAAGCCACAUUUCCCACCUAUUUAUGAACUUUUGUGUAGUAAUAAACAUUUUUUGAAAAAAUCCCCAUCGUGGCAACCUUUUUUGGUUUUGUGUCAGCUGGGAGAACCCAUAUGGGCUAGUAUACUUUUUCUGGGGUCAGAGAAAACACCUAUAGUUGUUCCAAAAAAAGGAAAAAUUAGCUAAAAUUUAUUUUUUUGAACAGAAAGUUUUUCAAGAUGGGCAGAGGUCUACCUAAACAAGUUAAGGGACCGCCAGGAUCUGCAGGGACCCCAGUCACAAGGCCUCGUGAAACUGCCACCCAAAGGAACAGGCGAAGGAGAAGGAACAGGGCCAGGUUACUUGUGGCCCCAGAGGAACCUGUCUUGAAUUCUAAUAGGGAAAUCGAAGAGCAGGAAAAUACGAGAGACAGGAAUCGUCGACGUAGGAACCGAGCCCGUGCUCGUGAUCGUGGAUCCCGUGCUCCAACGCAAACCGAAAAUUUCUCAUUACAACUCAAUCUUCCGCUCGGAACACAACCGUCCGUCUCGGAACUUACACUUUUGGGACAAAAUGAUAUGGCAGAUUUGGCACUUAUGGUUAAUUUGUGUAUACUCUCCCUUGUGCCAGAUCACUCACGGUAUUUAAAUGGUCUGGAGCGCUUGAGAAAUAUAUGGUCGAGUGGGGAUUCUCCAAACGUCAUUGAAAAUUCCCACGCUCAAAAUCUGCCUGAGGAAAUUCAGCAAGUUCAGCAAGCCAAUGAAAAUGGCCAAAAUCUGCCUGAGGAAAUUCAGCAAGUUCAGCAAGCCAAUGAAAAUGACCAAAAUCCGCCUGAGGAAGAACCCGAUACCAAGAAUGCAAAUCGGGACGAUAACGAAAAGAAUCAAGACCAUUGACAAAUUAUUCAUAAAAAGUACUAGCCAAACGCUUGUACUUCCAAAAUUUGUAGAAGUAAGGAGUGUCCACAAUCUGCAUCAGGAGGACCCGAACGGCAAGAAUCCAAAUUGGGAAAAUACCGAUAAGAAACAUGACCAUUGACGAACUAUUGAUUUAAGAUUCGUAUAGAUUAAAAGUACUAGCCAAUUUAGACAUGUUUGAUCUGCAAAGAUAGUUCCACAUGUAUUGUACUUCGUAAUUUUGUAAAGGUCUAUUUUUCAAUGAGUUGUGUGUAAGCAAUUUGUAUUUUCCCAUCGUCAUUUUUAAAAAAGUAAAAUAUAUUUAG